AUGUGGGUCUCUAAUGUGAGCUUUAACAGGAUACACGGUCAGUAUGCUGACGUUCUGGAAAAAGUUAACAGUGGUCACACAAUAGCAGAAGCACUGAAGUGUAUGGGAAUGCCACGGUCCAGUUUUUAUAAAUGGAAACCUGUAGCGGAACUGAAGAUAUUGGACCCGGAGAGGUUCCAGCAGUUUCAGGAGAUAUAUUCAGAUAGUGUGGGGAUAUUAGCGGCUUGUAAAACGGCUAUUGGAGACCGGCGGUUCUCUUCCAGAGCUAGGGAUCUUAGAGGCCAGGGGAAGCCCAGAGUCCGAUUGAGCUCUGACUCCAUCCUAAAAUGUCCCCACUGCGAGCUCACCAUCACAAGAUCCCGUUUGAGCGACCUCCAGAGACAUGUCCGAGAAGUCCACUACAAGAUUAAACCUCAUGUUUGUCAGUUUUGUGAGGCGAGGUUCUCUCGGGCUGCUGAUCUGAAGAAACACGCAAGGCGGAGACAUCCUGGUGGACUGAUUGGAGGGAGCAGUAAAAGGUGUCCGCAUUGUUUUAAACUUUUCAACGGUAACGGACAGUUAAACCGGCACAUAAACGCCGUCCACCUCAAGCUGAAACCGUUCAAGUGUAAUUUCUGUAAUAACUCUUUUGCGGCCAAUCAUUUGAGAGUCAAGCAUAUCAGACGGACACAUGAUCGUAACUAUGAAGAUUCUUUUAGAAGUUAGCCGUUAUUCUUUUUUAAUAAGCGUGUUUUGGUGGACGAUUGAGUUGAUUUCUGACGAUUCGUGUUUUUAUUUUUGU